AUGUCCAACUUUGCAUCAUCGACAACAGGUACGGGCGGCGGUGGAGAUAAGAAACCGUCGGCCAAGUUCUCAUCAUUGUUGUCAAAGGCACCGUCAGUGCCAAUGACAACGGUGCCAAUCGUAAAGCUGCCACCAUCAUCGCCAACACCCCAUUCAACGUCAUCGACAACGACGACGACUGGCCACAACCACAACUCACAUCUGUCCGGCUCGACGGGCGGCGCGUCGCACUCACCGUCGUCGUCAUCGUCGCCCAGCAGCCACCAGGGCAAUGCUUCACCGUCGCCCAGCUUCACCAGCUCGACGACCGGCUCACAUCACCAUUCACCGCUGAUGGGCGGACGUCCGCCCCUCGCCAAGACCGACGCCAAUGACUCGGGCGCCAACAAGCGCAACCCACUCUCCACCUCCACUGGCCUCAAGAGCAGCUCGCCCUCGCCCUACCGCGCCAGCACCACCCUGGCGCAGCUGACCUCACAUUCAAUCCCCUCCAACUCUGACAACUCGCCACCCUCAUCACUCUUCUCCUCGUCCUCAUCGCCAAUGCACGAGUCAUCACUUCUAUAUCAAGAUAAUGAGCAGCAACAGUUUGAUGCCAAUACUAAGUUUGGAAACUUUGCCGCAGCACUCAAGGUCACGCCAGCAGCUGAGCAGCCUAGAUCAGGUCAUUCAAACUGCUAUCAUAGUGUGGACGACAGCAUGUACAUCUACGGAGGAUUCACAAACAAUGAUAAUGCACAUACCAAUGACUUCUAUUCAUUCAACUUUGCCUCCAAGACAUGGAAUAGUAUGGUUAGCACAAGUGGACCAUCAUCUAGAUCAUAUCACUCAGCUGUAGUAUACAAUAAUGCGAUGUACAUAUUUGGAGGCGAUGGCGGAGCGUCGGGCUUGAGAAACGACUUACAUGUAUACUCGUUCGAGACGCAGUUGUGGUCGGAGCUGUUCACCGAGGGCCAGAGACCCUCGGCACGCUUCGGACACAGUGCAGUGGUCGACGGCAACUGCAUGCUGAUAUUUGGCGGUGUGUCGGGGAGCCAGCUGUCCAACGAUGUCUAUUCGCUCAACUUUGACACCAAGGCCUGGACCCUGUUGUCCACCAGUGGCGGCGGUCCUCAGCCGCGUGCCUUCCACACAGCCACCACACACAAGGGCGUCAUGUACGUCAUUGGCGGCCAAGACAUCUCGACCAACUCGCUCAGCGACAUCCACUGUCUGACGCUGGCCACAAACACCUGGCGUCCACUCGUCGCCGAGGGCAACUUCACGGCGCGCUCUCAUCACGCCGCCGCACUACUUCAGGAUUCUAUCGUAGUCACUGGAGGCAACACGACCAAGGUGACACAGAGCAACCUCGAGGUGUUUGAGUUGGACAUCUAUCAGAAGCGAUGGUUCCGUAUCCAGACCACCGUCCAAGGUCACCACCGCGCCAGCCACAGUCUCAUCCUCAAGGGCACCUCAUUCUACCUCUGGGGCGGAUGCAAUGACACUACCCUCGACUACCUAAGCUUUGGCAAAGACGACUUUGAUGACAUCAAUCAAGAAGAUGACGGCGAGAUAUCAAGGAUGCAGAACAUCCCCAAGGCAUUGUGGGAGUCGACGUUGAUGAAGAAGCAUCCAGAGAUAUUGGAGCUGAGGGAGAAGACACAGCUGCUGACAGGCAUCAAGUCGUAUGGCCGCACACUGGCGCAGCCAUCGUUCACAGAGAACAAGCAGGCCAUCACCUAUCAGUUUGUGCUACAGCUGAUCAUGGAGUAUCUCGAGACGCACACACAGCAUCACAAGACGAUCAAGAUCAUCGAGGAGGAGACAGGCGUGCUGCACCAGCCCACCGAGACUGGUGAGAGUCGUUUGAUCACCCUGCUGCGUCUGGUCAAGCCAAGACUAAGAUCCAAGAACGUCCUGGAUCCCGAGCUGUCCAUCUUCAAGAAAGAGGAGACCUUUGACGAGGAGGUGCAACAAGUCGACAACAUGUACCGACGUAUCGAGAACGAAGAAGACAUCAACGUCUGGGAGGAAGGUGACGAUCGCAACCUUCGCAAGAAUGAGGACACGAAGAAACCAAGCGUCAAGGCGGCAUCACUGAACAAGUUGAUUCAGUUCUUGACAUCGGAGAAGGAUAGACAACAUGACCAUGUAUCAUUCAUGAAGUCCUUCUUGUACACCCAUCAGACAUUCACUACAAGUGAGAACCUGCUCAAGAAGCUGAUUCAGCGUUAUUCAGGUCCAGUCAACUCAUCACUCAAUCAAGAUCCACGCUUCAAACAAGAGAUCCUCGAGCCCAUCCGCAAGAGGGUAUGCGACGUCAUCAAGUAUUGGAUUGACAAGUGUCCAUGGGACUUCAAGUCAGGACCUACCGCAGACAAGUUGGUGGCAUCACUCAACAACUUUAUCGAUGGAUCAUUGACGAGGGAUGGCAGUCUGAGUGUGAAGAAUAUUAGGAGAGUGCUGGUACAGGUGCGAUCCAAUGAACACAAUCAAUCGAUGGUGUACAGCACCAAUCCACCCGAUCCCAAGGUGCCAAAGAACAUCUUCUCGCCCAAGUUGGCACUGUCCGACAUUGAUGACCUGGAGAUAGCACGCCAGCUCACACUCAUUGAGUACAAGAUGUUCAAGAGCAUUCCACCACCUGAGUUCUUGGUACGUGUUACACCUUAUGGAGAGUUCCAGUACUCGAUGGCGACAUCGCCCAACUUGGUGUCAUUCUUGAAUAGGAGCAAUGAUGUGGCGCGAUGGGUGGCCUCGGUGAUUCUGGCGUUCGAGUCGAAGAAGGUGCGCGUCAAGAUGAUCGAGAAGUUCCUCAAGAUUAUGGAGUCGCUGCGACAGACGCUCAACAACUUCCAAACAUUGUAUUCUAUCUACCAGGGUCUGCAGAACGCCUACGUGCAGAGCGUCGCCGACCUAUUCACGCUGCGCACCAAGGAGGUGAUGUCCGAGUACGAGUCACUCUUCUCCAAGACCGACUCGUUCAAGAACUAUCGCGACGCCCUCUCCAAGUGCACCCUUCCCUGCAUCCCUCUCGUGCACGUCAUCCAAGAGGAGAUUGCCUAUAUCGAGACACAACAGCCACCCUUGAUGAGUCAACUGAUCAACUUUGUUAAAAGACAAAACCUCUACAAUAUCAUCUCCAAGGUGGAAGCAUAUCAAUUACAUUCGUACAACCUGCAACCAGUUCACCAGAUAUCAACAUUUGUUCACAAGCUAAAGAAGGUGUCCGAUGCAGAACUGUCGGAUCUCGCAAAGAAGAGGACCACCGACUAA